CUCGACCUUGGACCGGGGAGAUCAUAAGCUCAUUUCUGUGUCGCUUUACUGAAGAAUCCAUUAAAAGAGCCAGUUAAUCGUGUAGAAAAUGGCGUUCAGUGAUCUUACAUCGAGGACUGUGCGUUUUUAUGAUAAUUGGAUCAAAGAUGCUGAUCCAAGAGUUGAAGACUGGCUCCUCAUGUCCUCGCCUCUGCCACAAACCAUCAUCCUGGGGCUCUAUGUCUAUUUUGUCACGUCUCUGGGACCAAAGCUCAUGGAGAAUCGGAAGGCCUUUGAACUCAGGAAAGCGAUGAUAACGUACAAUUUUUUCAUAGUACUGUUUUCUGUGUAUAUGUGUUACGAGUUUGUGAUGUCUGGCUGGGGUACAGGUUAUUCGUUUCGAUGUGACAUUGUUGACUAUUCUCAGUCACCGAGAGCGAUGAGGAUGGUGCACACCUGCUGGCUUUAUUACUUCUCCAAGUUUAUUGAGCUGUUGGACACUGUCUUUUUUGUUCUGCGUAAGAAAAAUAGCCAAGUGACUUUCCUUCAUGUCUUCCAUCAUACAAUCAUGCCAUGGACCUGGUGGUUUGGAGUCAAGUUUGCUGCAGGUGGUCUGGGAACGUUCCAUGCCUUUUUAAAUACAGCUGUGCAUGUAGUCAUGUAUUCCUACUAUGGAUUGUGUGCCAUGGGACCAGCCUACCAGAAGUAUUUAUGGUGGAAAAAGCAUUUGACAUCUUUACAGCUUGUCCAGUUUAUCCUUGUCACCAUCCACAUAGGCCAGAUCUUCUUCAUGGAGGACUGCAAUUACCAGUACCCAAUUUUCCUGUACGUCAUUAUGAGUUACGGAUGCAUCUUCCUGCUACUGUUUCUCCACUUUUGGUACCGUGCUUACACCCAGGGUCAAAGAUUGCCCAAAACUAUAAAAAAUGGAAACUGCAAAACAAAGCAUCAUUAAAAGACAAGCACAGCCUGGAUUUACAUUUGAGACUGAUAUCUUGCCUUCCUUGACAAUCAAGAGAUACUCACCUAUGCAGUGCGUUUUGUAUAUUUUUCAAAACCAAGAGCUUGUAUUUUUAUAAGUUAUUUGGGUUCCUGGUCUUUGAGAGUCCAAAGCUCCCAGAUAAAGUCUUCUCAGUGGAAGAGACUAGAGCAGCCAGGAGGUUUCCUAUUGCCUACCAUACUAAUCAAAAGAUCUUAAUACAUUUUGCUACAGCGAGAGGAGGGUAUGAAAUAACAUAGUACUCUUCUAGGAACUCCGGGAUAGAUGAAAAAUACCUAGCGAUUUUGACCAUGGAUGGAGAUCCACAGAGUAUGAUCGAUUCCUCCUGUCUGGUGUGGAGACUUCUGACUGGCUUCUGGCUCUGUCGUUCACUCCUGUAUUCGGAAGACAUUAUAUUCACUCCAGGGCUCAGUUCCCAAUCUAAAGUGCUAACAUGGGUGAAGCCUACGUGGCGUUUUGAUAGGUUCUCCCUCUAAAUCGUUAGUGGUAGUUUGAAUGGGUCUUCUGAGCGGUCGCCACCAGUCCUGCCGUUGAGGUUUCCUCACAACACACGAAUAAGCUGGAGGCAGUGGUGCUUUGGUUUCUACACUGAUGCCUUUGACACUAAGGUGAAGGCAAUGUUACGUUGCACACCAGAUGAUGUGUUUCCACAAGUUAAAUGAACACUUUGCUGCUGCUGAUUUUACAGUUAACUGUGCAUGUCUGAAAGGAGCGGGGUAUGUCAAUGAAAAAAAAAUGCUGUGGAAUUCAGUGGGGAGAGUUAUAAUCCCUUGUAGUAUAAUGCCACUCUCUGAUAGGUCGGUUUAAAAGGAUUGUCUUGCCUAACUGUGUGUUAGACGUUUAAAUGCUCAUGUGAUUAGCUAGCUUGGCUCAGAUGCCUUUGGAUCACAAAUCAGUUUUCAAAUAUCUGCUAUGCCAAGUGACUUAUGAAGCAACUGGAGGUGGGUGGUGGAGUAUCUGAGGUCAGAUUUGGUUACAUUAGCAAGGGCUGUUAGAUUUGGGGAGACAAAGACUACGUUAUGGUUAUGUAUUAUACAUAUUUAGUGUUGUGGAUGCACCGCAUGAAGAAACAUUUUCCAGAAUCAUGAAUUAGCCAGGAUUUCUUCUUCUUCAGACCUGUAAGCCAUAUUGUGAAGGGCUGAAAUUCAUGUGGCAAAUGUUUUCUUUCCCCCUUUAAAAAAAUACUAAUUUCUAGAAUUUUCUUGUUCUUGUUGGAAAACCUGGACCACCUAGCAAUACUUGGACAUUUGUGAAGCUGUCAAUAUUAUUUCCUUUUCCUCUUUGAAGGACUAUUUAUGUGUGAAUAACUUCAAAAUCAGUACUGAUGGCUUUGGUCAUGUGUGCUGCAUAGUGUUGCUCAUUUGGCAACAAAGCCCAAGUCUUCAUUGACUGUAAACUCUGAAGUUCUGCCUGCUCUCUCCUGAUCCAUUACCCAGCACCAUGCCUUUGUCUCCACAUUCACUUACUUUAUAAAGUUAUUUGCCAUUAAGUGACCUUUAGUGAUUCCAUUUGCUUACGGUGAGAAGCAGAGGAUAAUAGGAAGAUUUUCAUACUAAAAAAACAAAAAACAAAAAACAAGUAACAGACAAGCCGAGCUGAUAGCAACAGCUGUACUAGUCUGUCACUGUGAAGGUCUCAGGGAUCCACGUUUUCCUAUUUUGACUCUGUCGAUGGGACAGUAUGGUAGAAGUAGUUACCUACACAAGCAAUUCCCAAAGACUCAAGUAGGACAAAGACCCAAAAGAACAGAAAAAAGAAAACAAGAUGGGGAACUUUGAUUGAUUUCCUCUCUACUUAUAUUAUCCCCCCCCCCCUUCUCCAAGUAUGUAAAAUGUCUGACAUGCCUAUGGACUAAGAGCAGCAUUGUGGCAUGACAUACCACAUCCUCAGUUCUAUGAAUGAAAGCUGGGAGGUGAAAUGUCAUAUGAAAACAGAUCACAAUUGACAGACAGUCAGAUGUGAACAUGAGUAGAUCAAAAUGAAUGUCACUGGUUGUAGAAUUUAUGUGGGCAGUGUUUGAUCAAACAGAGCUUCUAAUGGGGUUUCACCUACUUUUCAGGACUUUGUUGCCUUUAAACUUGCUUGCCUAAUAAGCAAAAAGCUCAGCUAUUAAGUAUAGUUUAUUAUAAAAGUUCUAUGAGUCCUUGAGGACCAAUAUAUAUGUUAUAAAUACAAAUUUUUAAAUGUGUAUGGGGUGUUACAAUUUUCUGUCUUCAUACUUAAGGAAAAUUCUAAAUUGAGUAUACUACCUUGUUUCAUAGUUUGGGAAAUUAUGAGAUUAUAUCUCUUGUUUAUCCUUUAUUUCUGUUAACUUUUUAAUGACUGUAGAAGUUGUGAGAAUUUGGUUUUGUUCUCUGUGCUAUAAUAAAUUUGUGGCACCACGUG